AUGCUCGGUGCUCUCAUCUGUCUCCUCGCGCCGACGCACGCGCUUCUGGCAGCGACCGCGCCGGCCCGAGCGGCGCAACCGAUCAUGCAGGUCACGCCCCCGCCUCGCACGUCGGGAAAGGCGUCCCGGCCGCGCGUCAGCGUCGCAAAGCCAAAGCGGCCGGCGGCGAAGCCCACCCCUGCUAGGCCGGCCGCUCGCGGCAGCGCCGACGCGCGGUACGCGGCAAAGGGCUGGAACCCCUCGUGGAAGGACUCGAUGUUACCCUCGUCCUCGGGAAGCUACCUCGCCGCUCGUGACGCCAACAAGGUGACCGGCCGGCGCGGCAUCUCGCGCACAGGCUACGACAAGAAGAAGAUCACGCUCGCAGGGCCAAAGGUGGUUGGCUCGCGCACGUACGUCGACCGCCGCGCGCAAGGCGUCGCCUCCCUCUCCCUCCUCGCCGGCUACGCGCUCUUCUUCAAGCCCGCACGCCCAGAUGCCGAAUAA